GAAUUUUCGUUUUAUUCCAGAAGCAUUCGUUGUCACAGCUACAUUCCCCCUCAUAAACAGAUACGCAUUUGAGAACGCUUUUACGAUUUCAGAUUGAAGACCAAAGAUGAGCAGCCACAUCCAAAGGGCUUUACAAAAGAAUGACCAGGACACAAAAAUAUUUCAGAUUCAGGCGUCACCUCGGAAAUUCAAGUACUGCCUAUACCUGCUGAUUGCUGCGGUUGUGUGUGGAACAGUUACGGUAUGCUACAAUGAGUCCAGUUUCAUGUCGCCUGGAAUGUGGACGAAGUGGACGGUCUACUACCCAAUCACUAACUACAACAAGACCAUCAAUCGUGAUGUCUCAGUAGCUAAAACUCACCUUCAGAAGAUGGUUUUUAAAAGUAAUAGCACUUUUCCACAUUUCUAUAAACCAGUGUCGUUUCAUUCUUCUGACAAGUACAGACAGAAGCGGUCCUACAGCGUGGAUUUCACUCAUGGAUACCGUCCAGUUACAAGCACCAAGUCUAAGCUGAUACUCUUUCAUAAUCCCCCAAGAUGGUUUACAGCAUUUCAAAAGUUUUGUCCACAGGGUUUACAGAAAUGUCCACAGAAACACUGUGAAUGUUCCUUUGAUACCAAACGUGUUGAUAAAGCAGAUGCUGUCAUCUUCGAUGGUGUUGAACUCCACUUAACCCCUCCACUUAAACAAACCAACCAAGUGUGGAUCAUGUUCGGAUUAGAGUGUCCCUAUUAUUACAACAAUCAGUUAUCUCGGUCAGAACAUUGGCGUCACAUGUUCAACUGGACCAUGACGUAUCGUCUCGACUCUGACGUCAUCUUGCCUUACAAUGUCCUUUUUCAGCUGCAGCAACCACCGAAAGUUAAUUUUUCUCAAAUUGCUCUGAAUAAAACGAAGUCGGUCCUCUGGUUUGUCAGUAACUGCAACACACAAUCCAAACGGCAACAGUAUGUGAAAGAACUACGUAAGCAUAUCUCAGUGGACAUCUAUGGAAGAUGUGGGCCAUUAAAAUGUAGCGGACCGAAGUGCGAUUUUUUGUACAACCAAUAUAGGUUUUAUUUAUCAUUUGAAAAUUCAUUUUGCGUUGAUUACGCCACAGAGAAGUUGUUCAAAGUAUAUGCUCAUAACAUUGUUCCAGUUGUUCGUGGAGGGGCAGAUUAUAAUUCCCUGGUACCAAAUGGAACGUACAUUAAUGCAGCGGACUUUUCUAGUCCAAAAGAACUGGCAACCUAUCUUAAGUAUCUGGAAACAAACGUGACAGCUUAUGCUGAGAUUCUGGAAAACAAAUCCAAGUAUACACAUUCACAUACAGGGACAACAUAUGAAUCUGCUUUCUGUGACAUUUGUGUGAAACUCCAUAAUUUGGAUAAAUAUCAACAAUACUAUUUCGACAGUGUCCGAUGGCUACGCGAAGAUACAUGUCAUUAUCCCAAAUAAUCCCACAAUAAUUGUUUUUUCUGGGGGUGUGGUGUUAUAUUUGAAGAGUGUGUUGAUUGUAUGACAAUUUUAUUUAGAUACAUAUAUAAUUAUUUGGGAUUACACUUACCCACUUUAAAAUUCGAAGUCGGACAACUUGUAGUCUAGCACGCAUACUUUGUGAACGCUGCGAUGGCUGAGUAGGUUAGAUAGCAGACUUUGUGCGCUGGCGAUUAGGUGCUUGGCUCUUAGAGUGUGGUGGGGGACUCAACCACAAAAGUAGUAUGAUCUGUACUUUAACGAGAAAGUUUAAUCCAAAAUAUUAUAUAUGUUACGAUUGACCACUUUCUAAAUGGCAUUUUGUAUUCAUUAAGCAUACAUGCUAUUCAAAAGCAACUGAAACCCCUUCGGUCACUCACCCCUUUCUUUCUCGGACAUUCUAGUGAAUUAUCUAUGAUGAAAACUGACGGGAUAAAGAAGGUGUACAGUCAUGUUUGGUCGUGGCUAAAAUGAAUCUAACAAGAACUUUUUUUUCUAUGGGGAUGUAUGUGGUACUGGUAUCAUCAUGCGGCGUCAUGUUUGGGGUCAUCUAUGCUUGUUUCUAUGCUUAGAUAACGUUUGUGGUUAAAUAUUGUGGUUGCAUGACAGUAUAAUAUAAAUUAAUUUUAAUCACUUCAUACAAUUUGGUAGUUUUUUAUGCCAUUUUAGUUCGAGUCGAAAAGGUGUGAAAUAAUUUUAGCAAUUUUAAGUUUAUGCAUAUUUUCUUGUUUGAGUAUGGAGAAAAUAUAGUAUAUUCCUCUCUAAGAGAGGUGUCUAAUGAUAGCAGGUGCGGAUCCAGGGUUUGUGUGCGUGCGUGUGUGUGCGCGCGUGCGUGCGUGCGUGUGUGCCCCGAAAACAAUUCCCUGGGGAACAUGUCCCCCUAACCUUUGGUCUUCAUGAUUUACGUGCGACACCCGCCUCCCCUUCUCCAAAAUCCUGAUUUCGCCCCUGUGAUAACAUUGUUUUUUCUGGGGUUACGGUGCCAAAUCCGGCAGAUAACUACAUUAUAACAUGAGCAUGAAAUUCACAUUUAAAUGUACACACAUUUGAGUAGAAAUAAUUUCUGAUGAAUCCUGUUUAGAAUAUAAGGCAGGUUUUUGUUGUUUGUGGAAAGAGCUGAUAACAGAGCGUGUUGCUAUUAACAUAUUCUGAGAACUUUAAGGUUUCGUUAUAGAUUUACUGUCUAACCUCAUCAGGACAUACGUCUUUGUUUGGCGAUGCUUGAUCUUACACAGCUUAACAGCUGGAACAGAAAAUGUUUGGGGGAAAGUCUCUUUUGGGAUUUUUUUUUUAUUUCAACAAAAUUAGAAUUAUAGUUUUUUUAAAUUAAGGUACUUUCCGCAGAAAUUCAGCAGAAAGCUACAACAGAAAUAUUUUGAAUAUAUCAGCCAUCAUGAUCUUCCUUACAUGUUUUAUUGUCUGAUCACACCUAUUCUGUGUUUUGGAUCUGCAAACCCAGUGUUGUAACACCGCUGACAUUCUUCAAGCCAUUUCAGUGAGGUCACACGUACAUACCAACAAUGAUACGGCCCUGAGAGUGUCGGGAGUCAUUGUACACCCAGAGCAGUCAAGUACAGGUGGAAGCUGAUUAACUCAUCGCGUCCUAAAUACUUGAUUCAAACUCUUGCUGGUAAUGGUAGAACUCAUGCACCAACUACACCUAAACACGGAUUUGGAUUUCUGUCUCAAGCUUUGACUGCAUCAUUUAUCAAGAAACAAAAGAUCGAUCAUAUAACAUACAUUGUAUUGUAAUCUAGUCUCCUUGGUCUUACUAUCCAUUGUGUCUGUAUGGUGGGCCCGAGGCAUAAAGUAGAGUAUCAUUUCUUCCUGUUUGCACGUUUGACUGGUUGUGUUACCCUGCUCUUUAGGUCAUGCUGUCCAUUGUGUAUGCAGUGUAUAGUCUUGCCCAAAGCAUAAAGUUGAGUAUACAUU